AAAAAUCAUAUUUGUCGUUUCUUUAAAUGCACAUUAAUUUGAAUGCAUUUAUAUAGUGUACCUUAGCCUUUUUGAAACUCACUCACCAUUCUUAAUUUCUCUCUCUCAUUCAGAAAAUAUGAAGAAUUUCUUUGUUUCUUUAUACUUUUUGUUUCCUACAAUCUUUACAAUUAUUCUUGUGCUACUUACUCCAAUUCCAAGUGCACAAUUAACAAAUAGUGAAACUAGAAUUCUUCUUCAACUUCAAACACUUCUUGAAUAUCCUCAAGAAUAUCCACAACUUCUUCAAAACAAUCUCACAAAUUUCUGUAACAUCUCUUCAUCACCUUCUUUCAACAUUGUCUGCACAAAGAAUCAUGUAACAGAAUUAACAAUCAUUGGAAACAAAACAAGACCAGUUUCUUGGAAGUCAAGGAAAACUCUUUCUGAAAGAUUUUCUAUUGAUUCUUUUUUUACUGUUGUGACAAAGCUUUCAAAGAUGAAGGUUUUGUCAUUGGUUUCACUUGGUUUGUGGGGUCCACUACCUUCCAAGAUUAGUAGGUUUAAGUCACUUGAAGUUUUCAACAUUUCAUCAAAUUUCUUGUAUGGAAAAAUUCCAUCAUCAGUUUCUUCAAUGAAAAGUCUUAAGAGUCUUGUUUUGGCUGAUAAUUUUUUCAAUGGAAGUGUUCCUAAUCUCAAAAGAUUAACCUCUCUUGAAGAGAUUAAUCUUGCUAACAACAAAUUAGGACCUGGAUUUCCUUCAUUUCUGUUCUCUCUUCCUUUGAUUCAGAAGCUAAACUUGGCUUCAAAUCAAUUUAAUGGUUCAUUUUCUAUGAAUAUAUCUUGUGGUUCUUCUCUAACAUUUGUUGAUAUCUCAAACAAUUCUCUAGAAGGAAAAUUGCCAUCAUGCAUUGAUUCGACAUUGUCGUUGAAUCGAACAAUAGUUUAUUCUGGUAAUUGUUUAUCAGCAAGAAAUGUCAGUGAUCAACAUUCAUCUUCACAUUGCAAGAAUUCAACGGUGUUAGCCGCUAAGCCGAGAUUUGAGAAGCCGAAAAAAUCAAUGAUGCAGCUAGGAGUAUUAUUUGGUAUUAUUGGAGGUUUUGUUGGAAUUGUAGGGCUUUUGAUUCUACUCUUUCUGUUCAUUUUGAGAAAGUCCAAAGCAGAAAGAGAAGAUAGAUCUGUUGAUAUUUCAAGAGAAUCAAGACUAAAUAUUUAUGCAAGGAGUAAUGUUCCCCAGCUAAUGAGGCUAACUACACUUGGAUUACCACCAUACAACAUUUUCACAAUAGAAGAAAUUGGAGAUGCAACCAACAACUUUGAUCCAUCAAAUCUAAUAGGAGAAGGAUCACAAGGAGAGCUAUUUAAAGGUUGGCUCAAAGAUGGUUCAAUGGUCAUGGUUAAUCUUGUAAAAGUAAAGCAGAAGAGUUUGAUCAAAGUCAGUGAUCAGAAUUUGAAGGUGUUACCUUAUUUAAGGCAUAGACAUUUGGUGAGUGUUUUAGGACACUGUGCUAUUACUUAUGAGGACCAACCCAAAAUGACAAGCACAAUAUUCAUUGUAUUUGAGCAUAUCUCAAACAUGUCAUUGAGGAUUCAUCUUACAGAUAAGAGACAAAGGGAAAUGCUGAAGUGGCAACAAAGAAUGGCAAUCAUCAUAGGCAUUGCUAGAGGAAUUCAAUUCUUACAUACAGGAGUUAAUCCUGGCAUAUAUGGAAACAACAUAAAGAUUGAGAACAUUUUGUUGGACAAUAAUCUCAAUCCAAAAGUUAGUGGAUAUAGCAUUCCAUUAAUUCCAUCCAAGAAAGGUUCUGACAGAAAACUUAAAGAACAAAAUGCACACAAUCAUAUUGGCAGCAUCAAUAGUGCAGAAAAGGAAGACAUAUAUCAAUUUGGUGUAAUUCUACUUGAAGUUAUCACUGGCAAACUAAUUACAUCUUCUAUUGAAGUAGAGGUGCUGAAGUAUGAGCUUGAGAGAGGUUUAUCUGAAGUUGCAUCACCGAUCGCGUUAAAGAGCGCAAUUGAUCCUUCCCUCCAUGGAACUUAUACACAUGAAUCAUUGAAGACUGCAGUUCAGCUCACCAUCAAUUGUCUCAACAAGGUUCCCGGUAAUCGUCCUUCAAUCGAAGAUGUUAUCUGGAAUCUGCAGUAUUCCGUGCAAGUUCAAGAGGCAAGGUCUAGCAAAACCUCAACAUGAUGUUAUGUUAUAACGAUGAAUGAAAUAAAUGAGAAUUGGUGUGACAAAACAGGAUUCUGCACAACAUGGAAAUUGUAACAAUAUAAACAGACACAUUGUAUAUAUAGUGCUACAAAACAUAGUUGUUCUUUUAAAUACUUAUGCUGAUUGAGUUAUAUUACUUUCUAAACCGA